AUGAAUAGGUGGAAACUCUUGAUUUUGCUUGGUUUGACUCUCCUGGUAUCAUUAGCAUUGGCUGCGCAGACCAAAGAGACGUGUCAAUGUUUCGAGGAAUUCGAACCCUCAGAGGAGGGAAACGAAUGGAUUUGUAGAGGAAAGAAGAAUUAUAGAAUUUUCCGUUGCGGCGAAGAACGACCUCCUAUUUGUGAAUGUUACAAAAAAGGAAACGUACUCAAGUUAGAUAUUGGAGAAACCGCAUGUGGAAGUAAGGGGGAUAACGUCAACUGUGGACCAACUGACGUCUGGGGACCGCAACUCUUGAUUUUGCUUGGUUUGACCACCGUGGUGACGGUAGCAUUCGCUGCCAAGUGCAAAAAGACGUGCCAAUGUUUUGAGGAAUUCGAACCCUCAAAGGAGGGAAACGAAUGGAUUUGUAGGGGUAAGAAGAAUUUAAGAAUUUUCCUUUGCGGCGAAGAACGACCUCCUAUUUGUGAAUGUUACAAGAAGGGAAAAGUAAUCAAGUUAGAUAUUGGAGAAACUGCAUGUGGAAAUCUAGGGGAUAACGUCAACUGCGGACCAACUGACGUUUGGGGACCGUACUAUGAGAGGAAUCCCCAUAGAGCUAUUUACCAUUAA